GAACGAACGCGCGGACGAGCGGUUAUUUCAAGCGACGGCUCUUCUGGCACUUCGCCCCGAGCUUUCCUCCUCGUGCUGCACAUCCUCCUUCUCCUCUCUUGGGCCCGCGAGUAGUGCCCGAGUCCCGUCAGUGUCGCCGCCGCGACGACGGCAGCCUCUCCUCGACGAGACGAAUCAGAAGGAGGAAGAGAGAGAGAGAGAGAGAGAGAGAGAGAGAGAGAGAGAGAAACACAACGCAGUCAGAACGCAACGAGCACCGCGAGCGGCCGGACGGAUGCGUGUCUUCGAAGCGAUCUGUUCUGAAGAGCGGCGGUGACACGAGUUUGUUGUCGAGAAAGCGCCGCCAAACGAUCGAUCGAUCGAUCGAUCGAUCGAUUGACCGACCGACCGUCCGAUCCUGCGCGACAAUCUUGCUACGCGCGCCAACUUUCAAACUACAGUGACACUAGGCAGUGACGCGUCGGACUGGAGAACACCCUCCGAGGGUGCGACGGUCUCGGGGUGUCUCAGUGAAUGGACCGUACGUGCUCGGUGCUAGGAUCAGGGAGAGCCGCGAGAACCGGAAGAUCGCUUUCGUGUGGUACAAGGAGAGUUUUGUGAGAGAGGAGAGAGAAGUCGUUGUCGGGAUAUCGCGCGAGUUUCGAUCAUCUGUCAGACAGAAGCGAGGGGAAACUUUGGAGAGAGAGAGAGAGAGAGAGAGAGAGAGAGAGAGAGAGAGAGAGAGAGAGAGAGAGAGAGAGAGAGACCGGAGGAUGGAAGGCGCGUGGAAAGGAGCGAAGGAGGAUCUGUAACGACGUGGCCGCCGUCACCGUCGCCGUCGCCGUCGCGCCGACCGGCCUGAAAUAACAGCGGGAAUACGUGCACAGUGAAUCAGCUCUCGUUCGUCCGUUCAUUCGUUAGCGCGAAUCUCCUUUCGGAGCAGUGACUAGAGCGCGCGGCGACGAAGGAGCUCCGUCGGAACCUACCCUUCUUCUCUGUUCGUCAAGCCCGCGCGUCGAUCUUACGACUCGGCGCGCGCGCUAUCCGUGAUCGAGCUCCGUGCAGGGAGAGAGCAACCGGAGGCUGCUCGGAGGGAGAGUGGGUUGAGAAAAGCCAGAAGCCCCCGAGGUACGACGAGGAGGACGAGGGGCAGCGGGAGAAGGGACGAAGGGGGUGUUUUCAACUCGGCCGAUCCCCGGCCAAGUUUUCUCGGAAAGGAGUUCGCGAAAGCGCGGCAAUAUCGAAGUCCUCAAUGCCGCGAUUACACUAGCCGUACACACCCACGGUGUCGAACGGAUCGAAAUGGCGACGUGGAUCUACCUUGUGACCUUCGUAUUCCUCGGAGUCUUGGAUCUUGGAUUAGCGCGGCUUGCUCGACUAGAAACGACGAUUAAUCCCGACAUCGUGGUGACCCCGGGCGACAAGCUCAACCUACGCUGUUUGCCGAAUCCCGACGACGAGACGACGUGGUACAAGGACGAUGAGGAGUUGCGACGUUUCUCCGCGAGGAUGCGGGUGACAAAGCACAUGUUGAAGUUCAAAUACGUCGAUGCAGCAGACGCGGGUGUCUACGCUUGCAGGCUAAAGUCGCCCGAGAAAAUCGAGUGGCGGAACAUUACUGUUCGCAUAGAGUCGCCGCAGAACGACAGCUUCCAGGAUGGCGACGAUGAAGAGACGAGCGUCGCCAUGGACACGCUCAGGCCGGAAGAAGAGACUAACGAUCUGGAGAUUGAAACCAGAAACUUACCCGAGACGCGGUCAUUGCGGCUGGAGAGCGACAAGAUCAAUGCGGAGCUGGACAACGAGAAGGCUGAGAACGACACGGUGGGCGAGCAGAACAACACGGUGCCGGAGAGCCCGCCCGCGUUCAACAAGAGCGACGAGAUGCACGCCUCGGUGGUGAAGCCCGCCGGCAACAUGUUGCGAUUGAGAUGUCCGAGCGUCGGCAAUCCUAAGCCGAAUAUCACCUGGCUGAAGAACAACGAGGAGCCGCGCCGGGACCUUGGCACCGUCAUAAGAACCAAAUGGACCCUGAGGUUGGAGGAUCUCGUGCCGAAAGACAGUGGAAAUUACACGUGCAUCGUGUGCAAUUAUCUGGGAUGCAUCAAGCAUACGUUCAAAGUCGAAAUAAUGGAGACAGUGAUGCACCGGCCGAUCCUGACGAGAGCCCCGCGGAACCAAACGGUGCUGAUCGGCAGUAACGUUAGUAUGGUCUGCGAAGUAUUGUCCGACGCGCAUCGCCAUCUCGAAUGGUAUCACGGUUACCAUGUCUCUUUCGACACCGUCAACAAAACCAAUGACAGCUUACGGGUGGAGGUCAAGACGACCGAGCCGACUGUGCUGAAGUUAUACAACGUCACCGAGAAGGACGAAGGAUGGUACACGUGUAUCGCCCAAAAUGCUCUUGGGGAAACAUUCAGUAGCGCUUAUCUUCGCGUCGUCGAAACGUUGGACGAGCAGAGAGUGCCGCUGACCGCACGACCGCAGGUCCUGGUGAACGUCCUGGCGGCUGUUCUUUGCAUCUUCUUCGCCUUGGGCGUCGUUGUGGUGAUAUAUAUUUUCCACCGGCUGAAACGCGAGAAGAUGAAGAAACUUCUGGCGAUCGAGACAGCGCGCGCCGCGGUCGUCACGCAGUGGACGAAGAAAGUGAUCGUGGAAAAGCAGAACUUGGUGAACGCGCAAAAUAUCGAUGACUCGCUGCUGCUGCCGGUGGUGAAGAUCGAGAAACAAAAAUCCACCGUGAUCGCCGAGGAUAGUAGCAGCGACAACGUAUCUGAAUACGAAUUGCCGUUAGACAGCGCCUGGGAGCUGCCGAGGGAGCAUUUCUUGCUGGGUGAGACCUUGGGCGAGGGAGCCUUCGGCAAGGUCGUCAGGGCCGAGACAAACACCGGCAGAUCCGGCAUACCCAAUGUCGUUGCUGUAAAAAUGCUAAAAGAAGGUCACACAGACACGGAAAUGAUGGACCUAGUCUCUGAAAUGGAGAUGAUGAAGAUGAUCGGUAAACACGUGAACAUCAUCAAUCUACUGGGUGCCUGCACACAAAACGGUCCGCUAUUCGUCGUAGUGGAGUUUGCACCUCACGGUAAUUUGCGAGAUUUUCUGCGCAAUCAUAGACCUUCUUCGGGGUACGAGCCAGCUAUCGGGCAAGAGCCAAAAGAGCGAAAGACGCUCACGCAGAAGGACCUAGUGUCAUUUGCUUACCAAGUGGCACGAGGUAUGGAAUACCUGGCUAGCAGAAGGUGCAUACACAGGGACUUGGCCGCCAGGAAUGUUCUUGUGAGUGAUGAAUACGUGCUGAAGAUCGCCGACUUCGGUCUCGCCAGGGAUAUUCACUGCCACGACUACUACAGGAAGAGAACGGACGGACGGCUACCGGUGAAGUGGAUGGCCCCGGAAGCUCUCUUUCACCGCCUUUACACCACUCAGUCCGACGUAUGGUCGUACGGUAUUCUGUUGUGGGAGAUUAUGACGCUGGGCGGCACGCCUUAUCCGUCCGUGCCGUCGGUCGAAAAACUAUUCCAGCUACUUAGAACCGGACACCGAAUGGAGAAGCCGCCCUGCUGCUCGAUCGAAAUAUAUAUGCUCAUGAGAGACUGUUGGAGCUACCAGCCGAAGGAGAGGCCGACAUUCGUAGAAUUGGUCGAGGAUCUCGAUAGAAUAUUGACCAUUACCGCGAACGAGGAAUAUUUGGAUCUUGGCCUGCCCCAGCUGGAUACACCUCCGUCCAGCCAAGAAUCCAGUGCGACAGAGGAGGACGGCGAAGAGAAGUUUCCAAACUUGUUGUGAACGUGUUUUAAUCGCUGCGACUUAACGCAAUGAUCGCGCAGAUAAAUCGAGAGAAGAUGAGGCACGAGGGUCGGUAUUCAUAGUCAGGUCUUAUAUUUAAGACCGUCCUAAGUUCACUUUUAGAUAUCCCAUAGCCAAUGAAAUGAUUUGUACAGCAUCUGAAGAUAAACUUAAGACGGUCUUAAUAUGAGAUCCGACUAUGAAUCCGACCGGCCGAAGUAAUCCAAAUACGACUCGCAAAUGCGAUCGAGGAGAGGUAACGUCCACCGUGCACUUACCGUCACAGCCGGGAGUGAGUGAGUCGAAUGGACGCGAUGGUAGAAAGGAAAAGUAACGAAGAAUGAAGCGUCAGAUCACGCGUGAAAGAUGAUAUAUCGACUGAAACACGCCAAAUAAUAUAAAUCAGUAUUGACCUGCAGCGCGUAGAAUUAGGGGAGAGCGCGUUGAAAGAGAGAGAGAGAGAGAGAGAGAGAGAGAGAAAAAGAGAGAGAGAGAGAGAGUGAGAGUGAGAGAGAGAGAGAGAGAAAGAGAGAGAGAGAGAGAGAGAGAGAGAGAGAGCUUGUGCAUCGCUAGUGUAUCGUGUCGCGUACACACGACAAGGAGAAAACGAGAAAGGAUACCCGAGAAAGCGGGCAUUCUGUGUUAUAUUAUUUUUCUACAUGGAUCGACACACACUACGCGUCUUUAGGAUUAAAGCGGAAGGAACAGGACAGCACACAAGGGUUCAAGGGGGGAGAUGGAGGUCAGUCCUUCUAAAUGUUCAGAAGCGUUGAUAUGCAAAGCGGAUUCCUAGGUCGCCUGUGCUGAUCCAUAGGUAUUCGUAGAUGUAAUAAUUGUGCCAUGAAUCAGUGCCUUGCGAUGGGAUCGCGCUCAUGAGUAGAAGCACGCGAACCAAACAGAGAGGAGCAGAUCGUCCUGGUCGCCGAGACGAAGAUAUUAGCGCGCGAAGGUGCUACCGAGCGAGAGGGCAUGAUGUUGCGUUUGUAACUAGUCAACUGUGUAACUAGAAAACUCGUAUGUUUUCUUUCUGUAUUAUAGUAGCCGGUAGAUUUACUUAGUGUUUUUACGUGGCUAGUGUUAGGCGGGAGCGACGACAAAGUAGAUUUUGUAUCGCGGGCAGUGACGCGUUCUGCGUAACAAUUUUUGUAAGAAAAGAAAAAAAUGAGAAAAACCCAAGGAGGGAAACUGAAUUAGAUGUACGGAAGAUCAAGUGUGCAAGAGAUAGGACGAGCAAACCAGCAAGCGUGAUGAAGGGUGUCAGGUCUGUUCUUCUUAGCUGAACCAGAGGCAGGUUCCGCCAGAGACGUUCCGAAAUAUUCUAUCUACAUAUAAUAACGUUAUGAAAUUCUAUGUAAAAGAAACAUGUUUCGAAGCACUUGCGAUGUUAACCAGAUCGUGCCUUAGGUUGGGUCCUUCCUUUAAGGUGAAAUAGCUAUACCGACUGCUAAAGGAAGAAGGCACAACUUUCCAGUGCGGCACUAAAUGCACUCGAAAAAGGACAGGCUUGCUGACAAUGAUGUAUUGAUGAUGUUAAUGAUGUUAUUAUGUUUGUUGGAAGUAAGGGUCUCUUUCUAUCGCACACGCGCAUCAAAGUGAGAGACAAAGAUCAGUGUUGAUACGCGAGAAAAGAAGGUCCAAAGUAUCGAAAGUGUAUCGCUAUAAGUUCUUUAGUUGUUACGUCGAAUAUCGAUCGCGAUAAGUGUAUAAACGGGAACGAGGUGCUUAGCGAUAGAUAAUUUAUUUUUCGUAUAUCGACGUGUCUCGAGAUACAUUUGAUACGUAUUGUGGACCCUUUUCUCGUUUCUUCGUCUUUUUUUACGUUAACUCUAAGACAAGUCGCACGAGCGGCACUUUUGUAAAAAGUGACAAUAAUGAAUUACGCAUUAGCACAACGAUAGCCGGGUAAUCUGGAAAGAUGAUGUCUGUACAUAUCGAGCGUGUAUUUAAAGAUUAUUUGUUAUACCCAUAGCAUCCAAACACGCGUAAUUAGUAAAUGAGCAUUUACGUAAGGUAUGUAAGAGCGUAAUGUAUAGAUUGUGUAAAGAAUCAUUAUUGCAACGCGAGUCCUUCGCCUCCAAUAAAUCGGUCGACAUAUAUCAAAAUACAA